CACUACAAUAAUUUCCCAGAUGAUUUCUUAAUAAUGAGGGAUUCACACUGACAUGGCUGAAGUCCUUCCAACAAAAGCGCUGAAAACAUUUGCUGCUCUGACGUGUCCGAGAACAACUGGGAGUCUCAGUAACCUCAGUCUGGGUGAAAAACGAGUUGAAGAAGAAAGGCGUUAUCAGACCUUCAACCAAAAAGCAACACACCAACUCCCUGAGCGUCUAUCUGUGAAGAGAUGAUCCUCAGCACUGCCCAGUUUAGAUGAAACUUCUCAGGGUGACAGACUGUGGGUGAUCUGAAAGGAAGGGGAGCGUGGCCAGGGCCAUGAACGCAGUGAAGAGCGCUGAGCAGAGGCCUGAACUCAUCCAUGGCUGCAGGAACACAGGGAACCCCAACGGCCAGGCCGGCUCCAGGCCCACGCCGAACACACACCGAAAGAACGUCCUACAGUUGAGGCUCCAGCAGAGGAGGACACGAGAGCAGUUAGCAGACCAGGGCAUCAUGCCGCCCCUGAAGAGUCCAGCUGCAUUCCACGAGCAGAGGAAAAGUCUCGAACGAUCCAAGACUGGAGAUUAUUUAAAGCAUAAAAUCAGAAGUAGACCUGAGAAGUCGGAGCUGGUCAACAUGCGUAUUCUACAAGACUCGGCCAGCGACGGCUCUGCUCAAGACCCGCAGACCAAACUGAAGCGCGCCAGACUCGCUGAUGACCUUAACGAGAAAAUCGCCCUGAGACCAGGCCCUCUGGAGCUGGUCGAGAAGAACAUCAUUCCUGUCGAUUCCACUGUUAAAGAGGCUGCUCUGAAAGUGAAUCAUGGGAAGUUCCCCAAGCAGGAGGACUCGUACGCGUUUGAGGAGGACAGCAGCAGUGAGAGUUUGUCUCCGGAGCAGCCCCUCAGUGACGAGUCCCAGAGCUCAGCCGGACCCUUAGCAGAACCCAAGAGCAGCGUCCCCUCCCCCUCACUGACCAGCCCAGUGCAGGGUCCACAGACCAGAGAAACUCCAAUUCAAAACCCAGAUGAAAGUGCUCACAACCAGGCAGCUCCACCCAUACCAGUCCCUGCUAUAAUCAAGCAGUCCAAAACAUCAGACAAGAACCGUCACAAGAAGCCUAAAGACAUCAAGCCCAAAGUGAAAAAGCUGAAGUACCACCAGUACAUCCCGCCAGACCAGAAGGCGGAGAAGUCUCCUCCUCCAAUGGACUCGGCCUACGCUCGGCUCCUGCAGCAGCAGCAGCUUUUCCUCCAGCUGCAGAUCCUCAGCCAGCAGAAACACCAGCAGCAGACCCACCACCAGCACCAGCACCAGCCCCCAUGCCCACAGAAUCAGAGCUUCAGCUACCAGCCUCUGCACCAGCAUCCACCAAACAAGCAAACAAAUGAACAGCAGCACACACCAUGCAGUUCCAGUGGUGGCACAAGCACCGCCAGCAGCAGCUCCUCAUCUCCUGUGAAGAACACUUACUGCAGCCAGUCCAGCGUCACUCCAGUCAGACCAGGGCCUCUACCGGCCAACCUGGAUGACCUCAAAGUGUCUGAGCUCAGGCAGCAACUGCGGAUACGUGGUCUCCCGGUGUCUGGCACCAAGACGGCCCUCAUAGAAAGACUGAGGCCCUAUAAAGACCCUAGCUCCAGCUCCCCCUCCAGCUCUGGAGACAUCACUACCGUAACUUUCCCGGUAACGCCAACAGGUUCUCUCUCUUCCUACCAGUCUCCCAGCUCUUCUAGUGCCAUGUCUCAUGUGGGUGGCUACUACCCUUUCUGUAGCACCAGCUCCACCCCGCCCAUCUCUCCUGCCUCCUCAGAGCUGUCUGUCAGCGGCUCCUUGCCCGACAGCUUCAGUGACGUCACCAUGUCCUCUCCUCAGUUUGGUCUUCAGCCAUCUCCAGCUCAGCUGAGUGCCGACGAGAGCCAGAAUCUGGCUGCUGGCCUCUCUGGAGGAUGCCUGCAUGGAGACGCUCCACCAGGCCUCGAGGCUGAGAAGGACAAGAUGCUGGUGGAGAAGCAGAAGGUGAUCGAGGAGUUGACGUGGAAACUGCACCAGGAGCAGAGGCAGGUGGAGGAGCUGAGGAUGCAGCUGCACAAGAGAAAACACAGCCAUGGACUGCAGGAUCCUCAGGGUGGGCCCCGGCUUCCGCCACAGCACCAGCUGCACCUCCAGUCCCCAGGCCUGAUGCAGCAGCAGCACUUCUUUGGAGGCGUGUCCAUCAAACAGGAACAUGUGACCUCCAGCUGUCCAAUGUCUUCAAAGUCACUUAAGACUGGGUCCCCCAACAGCUGCAUGGAGGGCGUGGGUCACUGUGGAAUGAGUGGUGGGCUCCGGAAUUUGGACGUGCCUUCCUCUAGGAGCCCCUCCGGUCUGACGGCCUACCUGAGCCCACAGUGCUCGCCUCAAGACUCACCAGUCACCAAGAAUUCCAGCAGCCCACAGCCCAGCAGCCUGCCCCCUUCACCCAGCCAUCAGUACCUCCUCACACCUCCUCUGAGCAGAGACACCUGCUCACACCCUCUGCCUCACAGUGGGGCCAGGCCACAUCCCAUGCAGCUCCAGCAGAAGAAUGUUGCUCAGUCUGUGAGCUGUUCCUACGCACCUGAUCAAAGAAGCAUGCAGCCAGUGUAUCCAAGCAAUGCUGAGAACAACCUGAACCCCAGAGGGUCUUCUAAGGCCAAGAGCACAAACAUGCAGCACAAGAUGGCAAUAUUACACUCUCCCAGACAUGUUGACCAAAAGUGUGCUGCCUCCACCACUGCCUUCUGUAGCUCAGACUCUGCAUCUGCCAUUAAACAGCCCCCAUGCUAUGAAGAUGCAGUGAAGCAGCAGAUGGCCAGAAGCCAGCAGAUGGACGAACUUCUUGACGUCCUUAUUGAAAGUGGAGAAAUGCCAGCUAACGCCAAAGAAGAGCGGUCCCCUGUAACCAAAGUUGUGCCUCACCUUACAGUUUCACCCAGCAGCGCCGGCCAGACGCCCAUCCCCAAGUUCCACAGACACUACAGCCACAUGUCGCCCUCCCAGAUGCCAUAUGACCACGCUGCAGGUCAUGGAGACUACCAUCUGGAGGUGCUAUUGAGCAACCCCAUGAGCCGGCUGACUGACAUCAUCCAGCUGAAGAUGGGCACAGAGGAGGGCCAACUGGAGGAGGUGAGCGAGGGCUUCCCGGUGCAUCACCACCACAGUGACAAGUUGCUAAACAACCGCGACAUGAUGGACACGCCUUUGUCCCCCAUGGCCACCAAAGUAUCGCCGGUGCCUGUCGACGGCCAAGGGCUCGGGAUGACAUUCACAGAGUCGCCAUGGGAGACCAUGGAGUGGCUUGACUUGACCCCACCCAGCUCAGCCACAGCGUUCAAUAGCAGUAUGCCUCCUCCCGGGCCCAGCAUUUUCAACACGGAAUUCCUGGAUGUCACGGACAUCAACUUGAACUCUGCCAUGGAUCUGCACCUUGAUCACUGGUGAAGCUGACCCCAGCUAGAUAAAAAAUAAUAAUAAUCACUAAACCACACUAACGCCAAACGAGCGCACAGCCAAUGAACAGCAAGAAGCUAUGGGCUGACCCAUUCAAAUGUCAAGGAGUCAGCAAGUUUUACCCAAAGUUGCCUUAUGAGAAAUAUAUGCAUCAACAGAGACCUACAGUUUAACAGUGACUGUAUUGUUAGUAGAUAGUAUUGGUCCAUCAAAACUUGAAAAGUCUUUGGUGUAAUGUGUUCUGGGAAAGAAUGUUUUAUAAUUUACUGGAAACAGGAAAAGAAAAAUUAGCUACAAACCAAACUGCAUUCAAAGAUAAGGUCUAUAAUAAAUUCUAUAGUAUUAGCAACUCAUUUGUAAAUAUUAAACAGUACAGGUACAAAGUUCAAUUCUUCAUCACAUUCAUAGUGUGGAGAAACACUCCUGAAGUGUUCACUAAACUCAAGUAAUCACACAUUCUAAUGUGCUACUGUAAAUAUACAUUAAUGCUCACACUGCACCUUGAGUAGUAUAGUACUUUGUCACAUUUUGCUUUGCAUUUUUUUUUUCUUGGAAAGCAUGUAAUUGAAUAUUUUUUGUAGGUCCCCAGUUAAUCCUUUUAAUUUAUUUACGACUAUUAGCGUUUGUUAAUUAGAAUGUGAAAGCCUGCCUUAGUGUAACAUCCACAUCGUCACUGUCAUGCAAAGAAAACCUUGUAUCUUUACAAGAGAAAGAAAAUGCUUUCUUGACUUUUAAUUGAAGGAAGUCCCUGUAAAUAGAUUUUGUUCCAAUUCACUUUUAUAAAAAGUAUUGGUCCAUGAACUGCUGGGUUAACAAUUUCAAAAAUGACGUAAUGGAGAUGCAAGGUUUUUGGGUAACAGUGACAACACAUACAAACUAAACUAUACCUGCCAUUUUACUGUCACUAGGAACCCGUUUACACCAGGUCAUUUCAUGUGAUUAGUUCCUGGUUGUAUUCUGAUAUGAUUUUAUCAACAUGCAUAUUUACACUUAGUAGACAAAUGUGUAUCCAGUUAGUCAGAAUGAAAUUUGACUGUAUUGCAUUAGACAAAUCCGAUCAUUACACAACAACCAGUUAUGUUCAGACUAACCAACUCAGCAAUGAUGUACUGCAUGGGGAGGAGUUUCAGUAGUGGAAUAUGUCUUAAAGAGCUGUAAAGAGGGUUGAAUGUGUAUUGGGUGUUUUCAUACUUACAGUAUUUAUGCGGUUUGGCCUUAUCCAGACAUAAUCCUAAAACUUAUGACACAUUAAGUGACCAGGUGUAAACGGGGUCUAAACAACCUGUAGGAACCAGGACAAUGUCUGAAUUUUAUUUCAUUAAUGAACAACUACAUAUGAAGUUUUCUAGCCAUAUUUCUUUUUGUUUUGUUGAUAAAAACUAUGAGAAGUUUACAUUUGUUUACUGUUUUCCCCUAGGAUUUCAUUAUGGCUGUUUUUAGUUUUAGUGAUUUUAAUAUGACAAGUGACCCAUUUGGUAUCGUUGAAGACUUCACUUCUCAGAUGUAUUUAUUUGGACAUUUCCAUAGAUAUAUUUAUACAGAAGAUAUUUAUGAGACAUUCCUUUUUUAGGAACUGAAUUCAGAACUCAUAGAUCAAGAGACUAAUAAUAAUGUCCUAAUCUGAGUAGAUUUUUAUACAGAAGUGAAAAUCUUACCAGUGUGUCUUUAGAACUACCUUUUUUAUGUCUUACAACCAUUUUGCAGCACUAGGAGCUAAAGAACUGACUGCAACUAUCCACUUCAACACUUGCUAUGUAAACCAAAAAUAAAUGUUUUUUUUUUCUUUGGGCAGCAACAGCAUAUUUUUAUAUAUAUUUUUCUAGAACAAGAAGAUUAGUUUGUACUGAAACAAUCGGUUUAUUGUUCUCCACAAUUUAAAAUAAGUACUGAAUUAAAUGAUCCCUAUGCAAUAAAUUGUAAAAGUGAAAUGACGCAGGUGAUCACCACUACCUAUGAAGGUAAAUGUUUGGAAAUGGAGAACACCUAUUCUUAGUGACACUUGUGCAGAAUGAAGUGUAAUAAAUAUACUGUAUGCUGUUUUACUGUGAAGAUAAAUCAAACAUUAGGCAGGUUUGGGACCUGUGGACAUUUUCUCUUUAUAAAUGAAACAGUAUGUUCUAUGUGCUCUAUUGAAGCCUCUUUGUACAUUGUCAGAUUGCCUCUCAUCAGUCUUUCCUUUUAGACAGAGACGGAUCAAUAUCAGUCGAAACUGUGAACAGAUUGGUUAUGAAUUUUCAGUUUUGUACGUUAGUAGAUAUUUUGAAUGGUUUAUUUUAUAUUGUUACCUGUGGUACACUUAAGCCUAUAGAUAAUUCUAUUUUUGAACAUGUUGUUUUAGUUUCUAAAGCUUAAAAUGAUUUAAAAACAAAGCUCUUAUUUUGGGGAAAACAAACCAAAAAGACAUUCCAUUUUGUCCUCAAUUUUCCCACUUUUGCCCUUUUUGCAUUUUAAUUCAAAAUACACUCUGGUGUAGAGCUGGACAAUGACUUUUAUUAUAUAUCACAUUCUUAUUAUAGCAACUUCUUUUAAAGCAUCUUGUGAAUUUCAUCAUUGCCAUCACUGCAUGUUUCAUUACAAAGAGCAUAACUAGUUCUGUUUAAUUGGUAUGAUGUGCAGCAAAACUGCCUGGGUGAUAUGGUAAAAACACUAUAUCAUAAUAGACAUCAUUUACUUCUACAUUUACUUUAUUAGUAGCAGAUUCUAGAAAACAAGUCAGAUACUCCUCCAUACUUUGUAUAGAGAGUUCUAGUUAAAUUUUGCUGCACUUAAUCAAUUAAACAUAACUAAUUACACUCUUGAUAAUGAAACAUGCAACGAUAUUCAUAUGAUUAAAAACAUCAUGACAAUAAAAUGUAUUAAUAUGAUAGUCACAUUUCCCAUCCUAGUUUUUUAUUUUUAUUUUAUGUAUGCAAUGAAGGUACAACACUAGCCUUAUAUAAACAUCUGUCUAAUUUAGUUCAGGGUGUUUUGCUUUUUUAUUUUUAUUUUACUUCCAAUCCUAAAGCUUUGUUUUUUUAUGUGCCCAUUUUUCUUCUUUACGGAUGUUUUUUUUUUUUUUUUUUUCUAAUGCUGGAACAGGAAAUGGAGUUGUACACUAUGCACACACAACCAGAACAAGCCCACAAGCCUCGUAGCCAACCAGGUAACUGAGAAAGAGCUGAAUCAGAAAUGCAAUAGCCAUGAUAUCGAGUAUCUAUGAUCUCUCUAUCGUGCUGAAGAAAAUGUGUUAAUGUUGUUUCUCUCUACUCUUUUUUUUUUCUCUCUCUCUCUCCUGGGGAAGAAAUAUUUAGAUAUGACAAAAAGCUUUUGUACUGCUUGGCCACUGAACAGCUUUACAAUGUAAACCGUCUCAUAAUGUCUCCACCACUGUACUACUACUAUUAAAAGACUUCAAUAAACACUCAUUUCCAGAAAGAGA